AUGAGCAAAAGCCGAAGCUCGAACGCUGCCACCAACGCACCGGAACACCCAAAGGAAAUAAUGUCCGGCCGUGGUCGUGGAAAAGGUAAUCGGAAUUUUCCAUCACACAACUGCACCGUGAACCAUGACGUAGACCUGGUAAAGUUGCUUCUAUCUGCUGACUCCAUCCCACACAGAAUUGCCCGAUGGUGGCGUCGACUUUGUCUGAUCGAUCAUCAUAGCCCCGUAACGAGAUUCGUUUUUCGCAGCGAUACGGCAAUAAAGCGUGAAAUGUCACGCCAGCUCACGUACCAUCCGGGCACGAUACAUCCUCUGAGCUACUUCCGGUUCGCCUGGGAGUGUCUGAUGAUAGUGACGUUCGUGACCGCAUUUCUGCUGAUCCCUUACGAUGUAACGUUUCUGUUCCAGGUGGGCGAUUACUAUCCCUUCACCGCCUUUCACAUGGUACUGUUGGGCACGGAUUUCAUUUGCCUGCUCGACGUGAUGAUAACCUUUUACAGCGGCACCUACCAGCGGCGUACCCAGCAGGUGAAUCUUGACCUGAAACGCAUCCGGAAGGGAUAUCUGCGCAUGUGGUUUUGGAUCGACGUCAUCAGCUCUGCACCGGAUCCGCUGAUAACGAGACUCGUUCCUCCCAACACGCUCGACAACUCGCUCGUUUACUGUCUGCACCGCCUGGACUAUCAUCCCGGCUGUCUGUGGGAUCUGUGGAGUUUGAUGUCGGUGAUUAAAAUCUUCCGCUUUCGGACGCUGCUGCGAUACAUUCGGAAUCUUUGCGAGCGGUUUGGGCUGCGCCGCAACGUUAUUAAGUUCAUCACCAUUCUUGCCACGGUGCUGACCGUGUUUCACUGGAGUGCUUGUUUGAUGUUUAUGGUGCUGCGAUUAUCGCAAGGUACCGAUCCGGCCCACGUGGACGAACGAUCCUGGUCGCAGAAGAUACCGUUUUGGAAUCAAACUUCUUUUGUUCGCUAUUUGGAGUGUUCCUAUCGAACUCUGUAUACAGUCACGCACAUCACACACGACUUCAACGAAUCCAUGACCUACGACGACAUGCUGAUGUCCCUUAUCUAUACCAUCAGUGGCUACAUACUGAAGAUUUACCUGUUGGCCGAGUUGCUUAUUUUUAUACGCAUCCUGUUCUCCAGCACAAGCAAGUACCACGAAUAUCGCUACGAGCUGAGUAAUUAUAUGCGCCACGAACAAUUACCUGCCGCGCUGCAAAAGCAAGUCUUGGAUUUCUAUGACUUUCGCCAUCCGAAGAUUUACAGCCGCUGGUCACUGAUCCGGACGGUGCUAGGGGAGCAGCUUUACGGAGAGCUGAGGAUGGAAAUUCUUGGACCACUGAUGCGAAGCUGUCCACUGUUUCGUGCCACCUUUACCGAUCAACAGCUGACGGCACUGGCGCUCGGGAUGAAGUUUCAGCUGUACAUGAAGAAUGAUAUUAUUGCCCGAUGGGAAGGCGUUGCAAACGGUCCCGGUGAUGAAAGCAACUGGAAUAUGGUGUUUAUUGUCACGGGAACGGUGGCCGUCUACACGAGCAGCUGGAAGGAAGUGUUGCAUCUCGAGAAUGGUGAGCAUUUCGGUGAAUUUCAGCUACUGUUCGAUGCAGGCACGGUGAAAUUUCCCAACUUGGUCGCGGUGGAAAAUACGGAACUGUACACGCUGUCCCGGGACUGGCUGGACCGAUUCCUGCGACCGUACCCAACGCUUCGCCGGAAUCUAAUCGACCUGGCAACCGAGCAGCUACACCAGAUGCAACAGAUGCAGCGUGGCACGGUACUAGAAACGCUAGAAAAUGUCGAGACGGUACGACUGCAGCACCGAUCACGUGAGACCGAGUGA